ACGAACUUUAAUUUGAAUAUAACAAUACCCGGUGAUCUUAAUAUUGACACAUGGUGUGGCUUUUCUCAUUAGGAAUCUUGAAAUCAUGCAGACAAUAUCGGUAAAACUUGCUUUACUUCUGUACAUUACCAAUUGUUGGGAUACAGCCGUUUGUAUAACUUGUGAAGCUGGAUGGACUGAAUAUAAAGAUAGUUGCUACAAAUACUUUUCGAACACCCAAACGUGGGAACAAGCCAGGGCUAACUGUAUCAGCCUAGGAUCAGAUUUGGUCGUGGUCAAAGACGCUGCUGAGAGCAACUUUCUUCAUUCCACACUUAUUCAUAGUGAUGUUUGGAUUGGUCUAAGAGAUAUAGAUGUCGAAGGUGUAUGGGUUUGGAUAGAAUCUGGCGAAUGUUCUAACUAUACGAAUUUUAACGUUGGUGAACCAAACAAUGUUGGAAAUGAGGACUGUGUUGAACUUGAUUACAGCAAAUCAGAGCAUUGGAAUGACAUGCGUUGUAGUUCUCAAAUGGGUUACGUAUGCGAAAUAUUUAAAGAUGAAGAGAUGCCAACAUUUGGAUCAUCUUGUCCAAGCGACGUUAAGGUGCUUGUUCCCCUGAAUGAAACUUCUACAGCAGUAACAUGGACACCUCCUUAUUGGACAGACAAUGAAUGUGUAGUAUAUGUAGCCGAAUCGCAUUCUCCUGGUUACGUAAUGUCUAUACCAAAUGGUCUCUUUAAUGCAUCUAUAAUAGUGAGGUAUACUGCGUAUGAUAGAGCUGGCAAUCCGUCUGAAAACUGCUCGUUCAUUGUCACUGCUUCAUAUGCAGCAAGUAAUCAUACCGGUACAGUUCAUGUUGCUGAAUUUUCAACAAUGUCGGCAACCACAGAAAGGAAUAUAGAUCAGACAAGGAGAAUACCUAUUUUACAUGAACGUAAUCAUGCGCAAGGUCAUGUUGUUCAGCUCUCAACAAUGUCGGCAGCGACAACAAGACUAGAUCAGACCACGGAAAAACAAGUCUCGGAUAAACUUCAGAUAGAUGAAGUUCACGAUGAAUACCAAUCGCUUCUAAUAAUUGGUGGUGUGUUGGUCGUUUUAAAUAUCAUUUCCAUCAUCCAGAAUACCAUUGUCACCGUUCAUUUAUACACAAAGCAGGACAGAACUCGUCAAACUGUAACGUUCACAAACGAAGGUUUCUCCGGCCAGGACGGGUAUGACGUGCGUCUGUCCGUAGUCGAUAAUGAAGUGCACCACACCUAUGAAACUUCUGAGGAAGUUCGUCCUCGAUUGACAACAAUAGGGACAUCUAUGAGGGAUCUAUAGCAAUUUAGUUUGCUGAAGUGAUCCUCAAACCGAAUGGACUCAACCUCCAGAUGCCGAAUAUCUUUAGGAUAGCUCAGAAACCAGUUGAAAUGGAAGUAAGCACAAAUCUGAAAAAAAAAACAUUUGAAACUGUACUGAACCAAAUGGUAGUUUUACAACAUAGUAUUUUUUUGACUAAUGUUACUUUCCAUGGACAUGCUCCUCAUGUGUUAAACGAUUUAAAUAUUUUAAAUAGUUCGUCUGCAGAAUUAGACUUAAGCAUUUGCACACUAAAAUUGUAUUAAACGAAAACAAAAUAAACAUUUUUAAAUUUUCCACAAUAAAAUAGGUCUACAAGAAUAUAUAUAUAUAUAUUUAUAAUAGAUUGAGGUUAAAGUAGGUUUACUUAUUUUUGUCACUGCCGUCUUAUAAAGUUAAUGAUUAUAUUUCUGCUUAUUUAGUGUCACUGUUAAUCUUGUAUAAAAUUAAUGAUAGAGUGAGAAUAUAUUAUGUACAUAUGAAAUUUCAAGAAUAAUAAAGACUGAAUUAAUACUCUAUAAUUGUUUUCGUACGUAUGGACUUCGUGCAAUGUGGUUGCCUGUGUAAUAUCUACUGUUGACAUUCUUUCUUUUUAGGUUGUCAAUGACAGAGUAUCGCUCAAUAUUAUUAUUUAUAUCAUAAUCGAUAUUUUUACCAUUAUUAUUAUUAGAAACUUCACUAUUGUUGUUGUUAUUAUUAUUAUUUCAAUUCAAUAUGGAAUUUAUUUUCUUCCAUUCCAUUCAAACCGAAUGGACUCGACCUACUGAAGUUUUGUCAAACAUCUAUGUAGACUAAUAUUAUGACGUUUUCCCCACGUGAUUGAAUAUCUUUAGAAUAGCUCAGAAUCCAGUUUAAAUGGAAGUAAGCAAAAAUCUAAAAAAAAAAAAAACCUUUAAUUUUUUGAAACUCUACUAGCCAUGUGGUAGUUUUACAGCAAAGUAUUUUUUUGACUAAUGUUACUUACCAUGGACAUGCUCCAUGCGUUAAACAAUUUAAAUAUUUUAAAUAGUUCGUCUGCAGAAUUACUUAAGCAUUUGCACUAAAAAUUGUAUUAAAGGAAAACAAAAAUAUUUUUAAAUCUUUCAAAAUAUAAUAGGCCUACAAGAAUAUAUAUAUAUAUAUAUAUAUAUAUAUAUUGUAGGCUUAAUUAUUUUUGUCACUGCCGUCUUAAAAAGUGAAUGAUUAUAUGUCUGCUUAUUCAGUGUCACUGUUCAUCUUGUAUAAAAUUAAUGAUAGAGUGAGAAUAUAUUAUGUACAUAUGAUAUUUCAAGAGCAAUAAAGACUGAAUUACCACUCUA